UCGCAUCUGAACUCCAUCGUGCUCAUAAUAAUUUGUACGGUUUGCAUCCGAAAGUAAUUCGCUGUAAAAGAAAUUGAGACAAUUUUUCUCGUAAAUUUAAAAAAUAUGCCGAAUAACGAACAUUAUCAAGAUGAUAUUAUGUAUAUCACUAAAAUAACGCGUAAUGUUUUGAACACACUCGGAGUUUGGCCGUCCUUAGACGAAAGAAAAUCAAUCGGCGGUCGAAUCUGCAAGCUUCUAAUAAUCAUAAUAUCUUGGCUACUUCUGUACUGCGUCUUGAUUCCUGGUUUUCUUUUCUGGUUGUUUGAGAAGAGAACACGCAUCAGGAUUCAAAUGUUAUCUCUACUCCUUUUCGGUUUUAUGAUCAUCGGUAAAUACGAUAAUUUGAUACUUCGCGAGGGGCAGAUCAAACGUUGUCUAAAGCACAUCGAGGAGGAUUGGAAGAAUGUGAUGGAUACCGACACGCGAAACACGAUGAUCGAAUCCGCGAAAAUUGGAAGACGCCUAGCCAUACUUUGCGGAAUCUUUAUGUACGGCAGUGGGCUCUCUUACCGGACGAUUUUAUCGUUGUCCAAAGGAACCAUCGUGACUGCGCAAAACGUCACGAUCAAGCCCUUAGCUUGUCCGGGUUACUUCUUCUCUCUCAAUGCGCAAGCCAGCCCUACUUAUGAGAUGAUUUUUGUGAUACAAUUUUUUUCUGGUUUAGUCACUUUCGCGAUUACGACAGACGUGUGUGGUUUUACAGCUAUCUUUGUGAUGCAUGCUUGUGGUCAACUACGGAUACUGAUGAAGCUGAUGACACGUCUCUUCGAGAAGUAGUGAAUUAAGAAACAUGAUGUGGAUAAGAAGCUGGCCGAAGUAGUUGAAUAUCAAAUAAGAGUACGAUGUUUUUUGCAAUUAGUGGAACGUACUAUGCAGCAAAUGUGUUUUAUAGAAUUAAUAAGGAGCACAUUAAUCGUCUGCGUUCUAGGAUAUUGUAUAAUAGUGG